UGUAAAUCUGCCUAGAGCUGUCCGUCCUCAAAAUGAGUGACUGUAAGAAAGAGAUCAGCAAGUGAGGCCACCAACACACGAGUCCUCUAAAAGAGAUAUAAGCUUCAGUAGCUGAGAUAGAAGAGACUGUAAACAACAACUUCUGACUGGUCACAGCUUAAUGAGAGAGUUGUAAAGAAAACACCACACUUUGACUCUUGACUAGAGUUUGUUGAAAGGUGAAGCUUCAACCUUUGGAAGAUGACCUCACAUAGUUUUAAGCACUCUGCUAAGAUGAAGAACUCUUAGUUGAAUCAGUAACUACAAACAACUGCAUCACUCUGCUUCAAAGACCUCUAGAUAGAUAGAUAGAUAGAUAGAUAGAUAGAUAGAUAGAUAGAUAGAUAGAUAGAUAGAUUUAUAACGUGUCAGUUUUCAGUUUCUCUGUGCGCGCUCCGUCCCUCCCACGUUCAGCACUUCUCCUUUCUGCGCUUUUACGCGUGGAGCCAGUGUGCCGGAGAGCAGACCUACAACAUGAUCCAGCUGCUCGUUCUGAUUUCUGUCCUCUGGGGAGAACAGGGUCUCUGUCUGCACCACCAUGGAGAAUUCCUUUUUGAUGAAGACAUCCGUCAGUUCGCGGUGGCCACCAGCGGGGUUUACGUCGCCACAGAUACGAAGCUGUACCAGUUAAGACACGACCUGACUCUGGUCCGCAGUCUGACCCUGGGAGGAAUCUUGAAGAGCGCGGACGACCCGAAUGAUGAGCGGUUUUACCGGGUUUCUGAGACGGCCGCUUGGAACGCAACUUUCAGCGUCAGCACGUUGCUGCCGUUCGUGAAGAACAACUCUGUGUUCAUCUGUGGGAUGGCCGACAACCAGUGCGGCUACUGCGAGGUUCUGGACCUGCACGACAUCUCCAAGCUGCUGUACCGGGAACACAUCCAGGUGGGACCUCUGAGGCACAGCAGCGGCUCCGUCAGCUUUCUGGUGGAUCUGAAGAAGAAUCCAACUCGGAGCGAAACAUACAUCCUGACCGCGAUCCAACAACCUGAGAGGCGCAGGUGUAUCUCCGAUUCCCAGACUAUCAACCUUCAGGAUGCAGAUCACGAUCAAAACGGAGGAAUAUUUUCUUUCACAGACAGCUCAGGCACAGCUGUGAUCAGAAGUACAGGCGACGUGGAGUUCGUGGACGGAUUUCAGAUCAGCUCAGUCAUAUUUCUGUUCUCCAACGUGAUGCCAGAAGGUAACAGCAACAGAGUCCGUCUCCUUUGGUUUGAUGGCAUAAAGAGAAAGUGUGACACUCUUAAGUCAGUGAAGGGUGUCAUUCUGAGUGUGUCUGAUGGUGGAGGCAACAGGCUGCUGGCCUCCUCCGUCAUCCCGGGGCCGCAGCCGGUGCUGUGGAGCGGAGUGUUCAGUGUGGACGAAGGAGAAAGCAACACCGAGCUGGUGGUGUUUGACAUCAGCCCUGAUAUGAGCGGACAGACCGAUAAAGAUUCAGACUUCCACACCUCUAAAGACAAGCCAGAAGGGACGGUGACGCCAAAAACCCUGAGACCGAAGGCAGUGCUGUUCAGGCAGAACUUCAUGACCUCUGUGCUGGCAGUGAGGCAGAAGGCCUGGAUGGUUUUCUUUAUCGGGACGGCAGAAGGACAGCUCAUCAAGCUUGCUGUGGACAGGAACUUUCACCCCGCCUGUCCCACGUUGCUCUACAGCGGGGAUGACGACCGGAAAGUGUUUCCCAGAAUACUUCUGGAUCCAGUGGAUCAGAAACAUGUGUAUGUGCCAUUUAGAAACCAGAUGGAGCGUGUAGCUGUGGCGAAGUGCAGCACGUACACGAACUUUCAAGACUGUUGCUCUGCUCAGGAUCCACACUGUGUCUGGUGUGCCUCGACCACAAGUUGCACUUUUGAAGAUGACUGCAAAGAUUCAGACUGGUUGGCCAUUCCUGAUGAUUCCCAGCAGAAAAUGGUUUCCCACAAAGUUGUGAAGGACUCCAGUGGACAGAUCGUAUUAAGAGUCCAGACACACCUGACUGUGGGUCAGAACCCGUCCAACUUCGCCUGUCAGUUCUCUGCAACUUCCAGUGAGCUUUGUAGCCACAAUAGCCCUCUUCCUCAGUUCCCACAAUGCACCUGCAUCCUCUCCAACGGCAUGCUUCCUGCUGACGGAAUGCUUGUCACAAUAAAGAUCAGACUUCAGAUGACGCAACUGUCAGAACAAGUCAGAGUAACCGACUGUCCUGACAUCAAUGGACCACCAAGUUCUGCUCUGUGUCAGCAGUGUAUCAAGGCUGGAUGUGGAUGGAGCAGAAGCGGCUGUUCCUGGGCUAAUGAAGGAGUGUCAGAUGAUGGAGUCUGCCAAAGGAUGGAGUAUAGAGGGAGCUUUUCUAGGCCAGAGAUCUCCUACAUCACACCCAGCAUCAUGUCGUUCUAUGGCAGAAACCAUGCCAUGUUGUCAGGUCGUAACCUCAAAGAAGUGACUGGAGUGAGGAUCCAGGGGGACCUGGACUGUUCUCCACGAGAAUCUCCAGUUUGGAACAACACUGGUGUCAGUCUGACGUUCCACAUUCCCAGUACAGAUAAUAAAGGCGUGGUCAAAGUGUGCGUUCUUCUCCCAGACGGUAGUUGCCAUGGCAACACUAUAAUCACCUACCGCUCUGCGCCGUCUUGCACCGACAUUGUACCAAACAGCAGCUGGAUCAGUGGGAAGAGGGAGAUCACACUCAUAGGGUCCAACCUGGAGUUUGUGGAAGAAGUCGUCCACAGCCACGCCCUGCAGGAAGUCAGACUCCCCAAAAACAGCAGCUAUCAGAAACUCACCUAUGACUCACCUGCAGCUGAAAAGUGGAUUUCCAGCAGCACUGUAUAUUUGAAAGUAGCCAAUCAAACCUUGGCCUGCUCUACCAGAAUAACCUACUAUCCAGACCCUGAGUUUACCAAAUUCACAUCCGUGAGGACAGGGGAUGAUGUCCUCAUCACUAUAGAGAAAAAGGCAGACAAACUGGAGAUGACAGAAGCAGAGCUGUCAGUGUGGGGUGUUCAUGAAGACAUCAUGUAUCCCUGCAGCAUGACUGCCCAAAAAGCCAGUAGUGACUUUUUCGUCUGUGAGAUUGUAAGCCCACCAGAUCCACAAUUUCAGCAUUUAAAGAUAAAGUAUGGUGACAAGACAGUUUCGCUCAGACCCCUGUCUUUGUUACAUAAAGUCAUUAUGACGCUGCGUCUUCUGCUGAUUCCCUGCAUUGUUGCUGCAUUGGUGUUUAUCUGCCGAUGGCAAAAGAGACUCACCGCUGACAAGAACAAGCUGUGAGCUGCUGCCAGUUUCUCCAUCCAAGGUUUACUGGCAAAAAUUUUAGCCUCGCAAUCUGUCAAAAGGACUUUCUGUAAUCUCUCUCUCACCCCAAAAGUUGACUUUUUCCAGUAUCAGGUCAUCACCUUGUAUAUAGUUUAACUCAGGGAAAGUUGUAUUUAAGGAGUUUGGGUUUGUGUCUAAUCAGACUAAACCUACAGAGGAUUUACAAUUACAUUGUCAUCUCCCUAAACCCAGGGGUCGGCAACCCGUGGCUCCGCAGCCGCAUGCGGCUCUUUCAGCCCUCUGUUGUGGCUUCCUGUAACUUUGGAAAAUAAAUUGUUCUGCCUUUCAGGCGCCUUUCAAUUUAUUUUAAUAUAGAGAGUUUUAUUGUGAAAUUACCGCUCUUAUUUUGACGUGUCACUCCACCGGAUUUGCUGCCGGGGUUUUCCCCUGUGACAUGAGAGCGGAAAGUUGAUGCAGAGAGACAACAUGGAGCUUCCGAUUCCCACACGUUUCAUGCCUUUUUUUGUUUUACUCCUGGAGAAGCAACGCCUGUAGUUUCACAUCGUUUUGUACUCAAGAAUGGCAAGCCUGUAUAUUAAAGCUCCACUCCAAGAAAGACACGUCUUGUCUUUGAGUCAAAAGUACUAAUGAUAGGGUAAUACACGUUACUGGCAAGAACACGGCUCAAUGUCACAUCCAGGCAGCAGGUCAGAGUCAGAAGAGUGUCCUCUUGGAAAAUAGGGCAGCGACUUACCGGAGAAAAGUUAUUAGCUUAAGAUUUUACAAGUUAAAUAGACAUUCGCAAAUUAUUGAUUUCCAACUAACAUUACGUAACAUAUGAGGUCCAGGAGCAAAAAUGACAUUAACCAAGUAAGAUAAAUAUUAGUGGAAGGACACAAUUAAAAAAAAUGAAUCUAUCUAAUUAGAAGCUUUGUAAUUAAUUAAUCACGACUGAUUAACAAGGGCAUAGAGGUAAAAAAAAAAAAAAGCGAUAUAUGCAGUGUUGUCUUCAUUUUAAAUGCCAAAAGGAUUUUGCGGCUCCCGGUGUUUUCUUUUCUGUGGGAAACGGGUCGAAAUGGCUCUUUGAGUGUUAAAGGUUGCUGACCCCUGCUGUAGACCAUCAGGAAACCCCUUACUUUUUUAUGUGAUGUUACAAGUUAGUGUUGUGCACACUGGUUGUUGUAUAGAUUUAUGUUUUAUAUUUACUAUCUCUGCCAGAAAACAGAUCUGCUUAUUUCUCAAAUAUGCUGAACCAUUACAAUAAAGCAAAAGGCCAUUGAAGCUCUUUCUGAUAUCUAUUCCUUUGACAGUCUGUGGAUGUACCGUUUAUGAAGUAAUUGAUCUUUAGAUGAAACAAUCAGUUUCUUUGCCUGUUCUAACUUUUGUCUUUGCAUGUAAGUACUAUGAAAAUCAGUGAAACAGACUGCAUAUUAAACUUUGUUAUGUUUUUAUUCUACCAAGUAAAAGUGACGUCUUGA